GUCUACAACAAACUUUUUCAAUUUAGCUUCACUGGUUCUUCCAGAGCUGGAAAAAAAAAGGAACAAAGAUCAAAAGAGAAUAGGUUCUUCCGUUGUGGAUAACAGUUAAUGCAUGGUCCCAAAAAGGUUUUUGUUCUUCAAAUCAAAGCUGUAAAAAAUUAAUUCGUAUCAGAUUCCAAAGUAUUUUUUUUUGCUUUUGAAGGUUCUUAAAUGAAAGUCAAGUCCUUUUAAAAAGCCAUUCAUGUUUUCUGUUUCAUUCUUCCACCACUGCAAAAAUAAUUCUUCCUUCCUCCCUAAGAAUAUGGAGUUCCUCUGUUUCUUCACUCUGCUUUUGCUAUCACAGUCUGUUGCAUUGAAUAUAGCAGAGAAAACGCAAACUGCAUGCGAAAUGUGUUUAGAAUGUGAGAAUCCAUGUGAUCAGCCACCACCGCCGCAAGAGAUACUCUGUCCUCCACCUCUUCCACCGCCUCCCCCGCCUCAGAUACUCUGUCCUCCACCUCUCCCACCACCUCCACCGCCUCCGCUAGAGACUUUCUGUCCCCCACCGCCUUCACCACCACCGCCUUCUCCUCCUCCGCCACCGCCGUGUACGCACUGCCCACUACCACUUCCACCACCGCAGCCGCCCAUUUGUGACGAAUGCGUUCAUAACAAACCGAGGCCGCCGAUCAUUAUCACCGCAGCAGCAGCGUCACGGGAGGUUUCAGCUUCUAUAAGCUUCCUAACUGCUCUCGCCUUGCUCGUCUCUUCUCUGCUUCAUUAAUCUUGCUAGCGAUCUUCGGCCUUUCAUGUCUCUUCAUUAUUAUUCUUACAAUCACUAAGUGGGGGUUUUGAAGAAACUUCGUUGUAUUAUUCAAAUUAUCCAUUUUGGUUUGUGUCUCUAAUUAUCCUCUGUCCUCAAAUAAAUAUUUUGACUUGUUGUUUGAAAAAUAGUUAGGUUUGCUAAUUCCUUUAUUAUUGGUUCAAUAAUUUUAGUGUUCUUAUUUUGUUCA